AUGGGGCUUCUAUUCCGAUCUGGUUUAUGCUUCUUGUUGCUCGUACUUUUUGGUUCUUGCUCAAUUUAUGCGGUAAACCGCGGGCCCAAGAAUGUGCAGGUGGCGCUUAGGGCCAAGUGGCCAGGCACUCCACUUCUUCUGGAAGCCGGCUUUGUGAAAUCUGCUGUUUCUCGCACAUUUUGGUUUUCGAUGUGUUUCGUGAAGUCCGGGAUGGAUGAUAUUGUGGAAAGGAGAGUAUCAGUACACGGAGAGCUGUUAGCUAAGGAAUCGAAAGACUUGUACUGGGAUUUUGUUGAAUCAUGGAUUCACUCCACGGAUGUACAUUCUGAUUCUAGCACCGCAAAAGAUUGCUUGAAGAAAAUUGCCAACUUCGGGAAAUCCUUAUUAAAUGAACCCUUGGCAUCAAUUUUUGAGUUCUCCCUCACGCUUAGAUCAGCAUCGCCUAGGCUAGUUUUGUAUCGUCAGUUAGCAGAGGAAUCUCUUUCGUCUUUUCCUUUAGUUGAUGAUGUUAUCUCGAACACCAUUGAUGGAGGGGUUUCAAGACCAAGUGAAACUGCAAAAUCAAAAAAUUCUGAAACAUUCCUCUCGGGUGUGAACCUCAAUAGUCAUGGGAAUAGAUGUUGUUGGGUCGAUACAGGCGGGUCACUGUUUUUUGAAGUCAAGGAGUUUUUGACGUGGGUACAAAACCCUAAUGACAUAGCACAUGGUGAAUUUCAGCAGCCUGAGAUUUUCGAAUUUGAUCAUGUCCAUCCAGAAUCAACUGCUGGAAGCCCUGCUGCCAUUCUGUAUGGAGCUGUUGGGACUGAAUGCUUUAAGGAAUUUCACAUAGCCUUGUCAGAAGCUGCUAAAAAGGGAAAAGUUAAGUAUGUUAUCAGAUCUGUGUUGCUCGCUGGAUGUGAACCCAAAGGUGCUUCCUGUGGAGCCAUGGGUUCAGGAGAACCUCUAAACCUGGGUGGGUACGGUGUGGAGCUUGCCCUGAAGAAUAUGGAGUACAAGGCUAUGGAUGACAGCACAGUGAAGAAAGGUGUAACUCUUGAAGAUCCCCAUACAGAGGAUCUUAGCCAAGAAGUCAGAGGGUUCAUAUUCUCGCGAAUUUUGGAGCGCAAACCAGAGCUAACCUCUGAGGUCAUGGCAUUCAGGGAUUCUCUGUUGUCGUCUACAAUUUCUGAUACACUAGAUGUAUGGGAACUGAAAGAUUUAGGACAUCAAACCGCACAGAGGAUAGUGCAUGCCUCUGAUCCUUUGCAGGCAAUGCAAGAAAUCAAUCAGAAUUUUCCCAGUGUUGUCUCUUCUCUGUCUCGUAUGAAGCUAAAUGAUUCCAUAAAAGAUGAAAUUAUUGCGAACCAGCGAAUGAUUCCUCCUGGCAAGUCUUUAUUGGCUCUGAAUGGUGCCUUACUCAAUGUCGAAGAUAUUGACCUUUACCUGUUGGUUGACAUGGUUCAUCAGGAAUUGUCUUUGGCAGAUCAGUUCAAGAAAUUGAUGAUUCCUCCUAAUUCCGUGAGGAGAUUCCUUUCAGUUUUGCCCCCUUCAGAGUCAUAUGCAUUUCGUGUUGAUUUCCGUUCCUCCAAUGUUCACUACCUCAAUAACUUGGAAGUUGAUGCCAUGUACAAGCGUUGGAGAAGCAACUUGAAUGAGCUAUUGAUGCCGGUUUUCCCUGGACAAUUACGUUAUAUUCGUAAGAACCUGUUCCAUGCAGUUUAUGUUCUGGAUCCAGCUACUCUUUGUGGUCUUGAGGCAAGUUUUAUAUUCUCUAUAACGAUUGACAUGAUCAUGUCCUUGUUUGAGAACAAUCUUCCUAUGAGAUUUGGUGUUAUAUUAUACUCUACAAAGUUAGUGGAGACGAUAGAAACAAAUGAUGGCGAACUUCCUAUUGAUCACUUGAAGGAUGACCAUGAAGAUGUUUCAAGUUUGAUCAUACGUCUUUUCAAUUACAUCGAGGAAAAUCAUGGGACGCUAGUGGCUUUCCAGUUUCUGAGCAACGUGAACAAAUUGAGAAUGGAGUCGGGUGCAGAAGAUAAUCCUGAAGUGCAUCAUGUAGAAGGAGCUUUUGUGGAAACAAUAUUGCCAACAGCAAAAUCGCCACCUCAAGAUACUUUAUUGAAAAUAGAAAAGGAGCAAACGUGGAAUGAAGUAUCUCAUGAAAGCUCCAUGUCUGCUUUUAAACUGGGCUUGACACAGCUGAAGUGCUCUCUCUUGUUUAAUGGUCUUGUCUCUGAACCUAAUGAGGAGGCUCUUCUAAACGCCAUGAAUGAUGAGCUUCCCAGGAUACAGGAGCAAGUCUACUAUGGACAGAUAAAUUCUCAUACUGAUGUUCUGGACAAAUUUCUUUCUGAAAGUGGUGUCCGGCGUUAUAAUACAAAGAUCAUAACAGAUGCAAAGGCCAAACCAAAAUUCGUAUCUUUGUGUGCGUCAGUUAUUGAAAAGGAAUCUGUAUUAAAUGAUCUCCACUACUUGCAUUCACCCGAAACAACUGAUGAUUUGAAGCCCGUGACUCAUCUUCUUGUUGUUGAUAUCACAUCCAAGAAAGGGAUGAAGUUAUUACGUGAAGGAAUACGAUAUCUGAUCGGUGGCUCAAAAAAUGCUCGGGUUGGUGUGUUGUUUAUUGCGAAUGAGACUACCUCUUUGCCGGGUCUCUUUUUCAUGAAAGUCUUUGAGACAACUGCAUCGUCAUAUAGCCAUAAGAAAGGAGUAAUACAAUUUCUUGAUCAACUAUGCUCAUUCUACGAACAAGAGUAUAUAUCGGCUUUUGGGGUUACUGAGAGCUAUGUGGCACUCAGCGAGAAGGUCUUCCAGUUAGCAGAUGCUAAUGGGUUGUCAUCUAAGGGCUUUGAGUCUAAACUUUCUGGAUUUUCUGCUGAUAGUUUGAGAAUUUACUUAAACAAGGUUACUCGGUUUUUAUACAAGACACUUGGUCUUGAACUAGGUGUGAAUGCAGUUGUUACCAAUGGGAGGGUAAUCCCACUCGUCGAUGGUAGUACAUUCCUGAGCCAUGAUUUGGAUCUUCUUGAGUCCCUGGAGUUCAAGCAACGGAUAAAACAUAUUGCUGAGAUAGUUGAAGAUCUUAAGUGGGAUGGUGUAGAUCCUGACAUGUUGACAAGUAAAUUCAUGAGUGACAUUGUUGUGGCCAUCUCAUCCUCAAUUUCCAUGAGGGAUCGAAGUUCUGAAAGUGCCCAUUUUGAGAUUUUGAGUGCAGAAUACAGUGCUGUAAUUUUGGGGGAUGAAAAUUCAAGCAUUCAUAUUGAUGCUGUCAUUGAUCCUUUGAGUCCCUCUGGCCAAAAGCUCACGGCCCUUCUUCGCAUUCUGUCAAAGUACGCUCAGCCAAGCAUGAGACUUGUGCUCAAUCCCGUGAGUUCUCUGGCGGACCUUCCUUUGAAGAACUACUACAGAUAUGUCGUGCCAACAAUGGAUGACUUCAGCAGUAUUGAUCACACAGUGCAUGGUCCCAAAGCAUUUUUCGCAAACAUGCCACUAUCUAAAACACUCACCAUGAAUCUUGACGUUCCUGAACCGUGGCUUGUGCAGCCUCUUGUUGCCGUCCACGACUUGGAUAACAUAUUGCUCGAGAAUCUUGCUGACACCAGGACGUUGCAGGCAGUGUUUGAAUUAGAAGCUCUUGUUCUGACAGGUCACUGCUCCGAGAAAGAUCAUGAGCCCCCCCGAGGUCUUCAAUUGAUUCUUGGAUCUAAAAAUACUCCCCACUUAGUUGAUACCCUUGUUAUGGCCAAUUUGGGUUACUGGCAAAUGAAGGUCUUGCCUGGGGUCUGGUAUUUGCGGCUCGCUUCAGGUAGAAGCUCCGAGCUUUACCUUAUGAAAGAAGACAGUGAUGGAAAUGAGGGGACAUCUUUGCUGAAGCGAAUCACGAUAGAUGAUUUGCGAGGUAAAGUUGUUCAUAUGGAAGUUAUUAAGAAAAAGGGCAUGGAACGAGAGAAGCUGUUGGUUCCUGCUGAUGAAGAUGGUCAUUCUUCUGGCAAGAAAGGAGCUGAGAACAUCUGGAAUUCAAAUAUCCUUAAAUGGGCUUCUGGAUUUAUCGGCAAGAAAGACAACUCAAAGAAGGGGGAAAACAAUUCCUUGGAUGUAAUUCCACAUAUGGCGAAACAUUAUGGUUUUGAGUACGAGUUAAUCACUUAUAAGUGGCCAACAUGGCUACAUAAACAGAAAGAGAAACAGCGAAUCAUAUGGGCGUACAAAAUCCUUUUCCUUGAUGUCAUUUUCCCGCUUGCCUUGGAAAAGGUUAUAUUCGUUGAUGCAGACCAAAUUGUGCGUGCAAACAUGGGAGAACUUUAUGACAUGAAUUUAGGAGGACGGCCUCUUGCAUAUACUCCAUUCUGUGACAAUAACAAAGAUAUGGAUGGCUAUCGCUUCUGGAACCAAGGAUUCUGGAAGGAUCAUCUGCGAGGAAAACCAUAUCAUAUUAGUGCUUUAUAUGUGGUUGAUCUUGUCAAAUUUCGGGAAACAGCAGCUGGAGACCAAUUGAGAGAUCUUCCAAACUAUGCUCAACACAUGGUGCCCAUAUUUUCCCUUCCACAAGAGUGGCUAUGGUGCGAGUCUUGGUGUGGUAAUGCCACCAAAUCCAAGGCAAAAACCAUUGACCUUUGCAACAAUCCCAUGACAAAAGAGCCCAAGCUUCAGGGAGCUAAAAGAAUAGUGACAGAAUGGCCGGAUCUUGACCUUGAAGCUAGACGCUUCACGGCCAAAAUUUUAGGUGAAGAUAUCGAGCCACAAGAGCAAGCAACAGCUGAGAUCAACACUGAUGACAUAGCAGAAGAUGAGGAGUCCAAAGCAGAAUUGUAA